AUUUAACAGGAAGAGAGACAGAAAGAGCCAGUGUGUAUGUGUGUGUGUAUGCGAGAGAGUGUGUUUGAGAGAGAGAGAGAGAGAACGGGCUGCACUCUGACGUAAAUAACGCCAUGAAACGGGCCUUGGAGGGACGCUGAAUCUGACCUCGAGUUUUGCUGAAGCUUAACCAGUGAUCGGGGAGAAAGGGUUCACUAGACAGGAUGUCGUCCCAUCAGCCUUGGUACCAUGGCAAUAUUACUCGCUCUAUGGCAGAGGACUUGCUCUCCAAAAAUGCCAAGGAUGGGAGCUUCCUCCUCAGAGACAGCGAGUCCAUACAAGGAGCUUAUGCCCUCUGCGUGCUGUACCAGAACUGCGUAUAUACAUACAGAAUUCUACCCAAUGAAGAUAAAAAGAUUUCUGUACAGGCAUCUGAAGGUGUCCCCAUUCGGUUCUUCUCUGGAAUCUCAGAGCUGGUGGAGGCUUACUAUAAGGAGAACAUGGGUUUAGUCACACAUCUGCAGUAUCCUGUGCAGAAGGAGGAGGAGCCAGAGGAUGAACCAGAGCAAUUCAGUUUACCUCCUCAGCUUCCACCUCGGAACCUCCCACUCAUCGAAAGUAGAGAAUGCCAUGCUGAGCCUGUAAAAACAAUAGAACCAAGCCGCAUGUCCAUCAAAGACACUUACCUUCAGCGGUUGCAACUUGUCGACAUGUCACACCUCUCUGAAGAUCAUCAAAAGGCAAUCCAGGAUUACUUCAGCUCGGCUGUGGGUCUGGAUGUGGAGCAGGUACAUAAUGGAAACCCCACUCUACCCAACCUGAAGAAGCUUCUCAAGACUAUCUGCAAGAACCUCAACAUUGAAAUUUCCCGUACACUCCCAACUCUGGAAGCCUUACAGAAAAUUGUAGAUCAGCCAAUGUCACCUGGAGCUGGAAGACUUCGAGGACAGCUUUCACUUGAUGCCAACCAGUCUAUGGGUUUUAGGCUUGAGCAACUGACCAAGAUUUUGUAUUCAAUUGAAGACAAGGCUAAGACUACAGUAUUUGAAUCUGCUGGAUAUGAUGGAGGCCAUAGAAAGUCACUCAUACCGCCUGUAACAUUUGAAGUAAAAUCAGACUCUCUUGGCAUUUCAAACAAAAUGUUCCUAAAGGUUGAUGUAGAAAGUGGAAAAGUUUACUUCAAGAAAUCCAGAGAUGGACCUGAGGACAAAUACUUUGUACACAACAAAAUCUUGCAGUUGGUAAAAUCCAAGAAGAUGCACACCAAACUGGAGAUAGUGUUGGAGACUGAGAAGGAGAAGACUCAGCGUAAAGAAUUUGUCUUUAAUGACACGAAGAAACGAGAAGGUUUCUGUCAAUUACUUCAGCAGAUGAAAAACAAGCAUACAGAUAAGGCCGAGCCGGAUAUGAUCAGCUUAUUUGUUGGCACAUGGAACAUGGGAAAUGCUAACCCACCACCCAAUAUUACCUCAUGGUUUCAAUCCAAGGGACUAGGAAAGACUCGUGAUGACACAGCCAGUCAGAUCCCACAUGACAUCUAUGUCAUUGGAACACAGGAAGAUGCAAUGGGAGAGAAGGAUUGGAUAGAUAUUGUAAGGGGAACCCUUAGGGACAUCACAAACAUCAGCUUUAAACAGAUUGCCACUCAGACACUGUGGAAUAUAAGAAUCAUUGUUCUUGCUAAGCCGGAACAUGAGAACCGGAUCUCCCACAUCUUCUGUGACAGUGUUAAGACUGGAAUCGCUAAUGCCCUGGGAAAUAAAGGAGCAGUGGGAGUAUCGUUUAUGUUUAAUGACACCUCGUUUGGGUUUGUUAACAGUCACUUGACCUCGGGGAGCGAAAAGAAGCUCAGACGAAAUCAGAACUAUGUCAGCAUCCUGCGCUUUCUGAACCUAGGAGAUAAGAAACUCAAUCCGUUUGACAUUACUCUUCGAUUCACACACCUCUUUUGGCUUGGGGAUCUCAACUAUCGAAUUGACCUUCCACCAGGGGAAGCAGAGAACAUUGUGAUGAAGAUCAAACAACAGCAGUAUCAGGAACUGUUAAACAGAGAUCAGCUCAACAUGGAAAGAGCAGAUGAAAAGGUUUUUCUGUACUAUGAUGAAGAAGACAUCACAUUUCCCCCAACAUAUCGAUUUGAGAGAGAUACCCAUGAAAGAUAUGUCUAUACCAAAGCCAAAGCCACAGGGACAAAAUACAACUUGCCCUCAUGGUGUGACCGUGUGCUUCGCAAGUCCUACCCACAGGUUCAUGUGGCUUGUCACUCAUAUGGAUGCACAAAUGACAUCAUGACAAGCGAUCACUGUCCUGUUUUUGCUACAUUUGAUGUUGGAGUGUCUUCACAGUUUGUCUCUAAGAAUGAUCCAACAAAGGAGUCUCAGGGUGCAAUAAAAUUUAUGAACUGUGUUGCUAUACUUAGGACCAAAUCCAAGACACGAUUUUUCAUUGAAUACCAUUCAAGCUGCUUGGAAAAAUUUGUCAAGAGUUCUGAGAUAGAUAAUCAAGAAAGCACUGAGGGUUCCAUAAGGGUUCGGUUUGCAGCACAUGUAGAGCUUACUCCCAUCAUUUCAGACCCAGAAUACCUACUAGAGCAGCAACUCAUCAGUAUAACAUCCACAGACAGUGAUGAAUCAUAUGGGGAGACAUGUGUGGCUCUGCGGAGUGCAGAGAAUGCCUACACUGAGUUUGAUGUCCCACUCACACAUCAUGGUGAGCAGACAGGUAUUCUAUCAGGAGGCAUCCAACUACGCACAUCAGAAGGAAAACUGACAGAGAAACUAUAUGAUUUCAUCAAGACCAGUGAUGACUCAGGAACUGGUAAAGUCAAAUCAGGAGAUUUUAGCAACAAGUCUUUGGUCUCUGAUGUUAGUAAUCCUAAUUAUAUGGACAUUGUCUACAAAAGCAGCAGUCAGUCAAGUUGGAGCUACACUGGGUACCGACCAGGAGCCUCCUCUGGACACAUGGCUAAAGACUCAGCUCCUGGCAACACCUCACCUAAAAAGAUUGCAUAUGAUCAGUCUGUUUGCAGCCCCACUGGAAAGCUGUCCAGUCCAAAAGCGGAAGGUGAGCAACCAGCAGAAAUGUUUGACAACCCACUUUAUGGAUCAAUGGGGAAGUCAGGAUGUGGCAAGGAUCAUGAAAUUGCCAGAAAGGAGCAAUUGGGAAUCCCUGAGAUUUUUGCAUUUCCAAAAGGCUGUGAGUCUGACUCUGAUCGUGCACCUCCAGUCCCUACUCCUCGCACUCGCUCCUUCACUUGCUCUGAGUCCAAAGGCCAGAAUCCUCCCUCAACUUCCAGCAGCAGCAACAACCACAGCAGCAGUAGCAAUCUACAGCCUCAGUCCUUCAGCAAGAAGCCUGUGGUGCCAUCUCGAUCUGAAGGAGGCGGGAUGAUGACUGGAAAGCCACCACUGCCUAUAAAAGCUCGCCAAGGUCCAACCCCAGAGCCCCCUUCAAAGCCCAGAGACUACAGAGACUCCUCAGAGUUGCCAGGCAAAAUGCGGCCUCAUGCAAGGACAUGCCAACCACUCCACAAAGAUGUGCAUCCUGAGACAACACCAAGCCCAAAGACAGGUCGCUCUCUGAAAUGAGCCUGCAUUUAAAAUCUCCAGUUGGCCAUCACUUUUGGAGUUCUACAUGACACUGGAGCCUUGACAGAUACUUGCAAAAGUCCAAAGGGGUGCAUUAAAAAGCUUGACAAGCUUUUGCCUUAUGUGUAGCAAAAAAAAAAAAAAAACCUACAGAAACAGUGCCAUUGUCUGGCACAAACUGUUUUGUUAUAAAACAAAUGAAUGUACAGUGCACACAAUUUAUCAGAAUUAAGAGACUAUGUGUAAUGAUCAUUCAUCUGAUAAAACCCAAAAAAUCUCACCGACAUGUUUUUACUGGUGUCUUUUGUGAACGGUGGAUGCUUACUGUUUUAAUCACAUGCUAUAUAGAACUUAUGGCUAAAGUAAAACAUUUAGAUUGACACUUUAAUUUCCCUGAUGCUGUGCUGAUAAAUGGAGAGAAAUGUAUGAGGGAGUAUAAAAAUAUGAAUAAUAAAUAAAUAAAUGAUUAUAAGGUAGUAAGGAUAACAAUUUUGCAGUGUUUACAUAAUUUCUGGAGGUUUGUAAUCAGUCAUCCAUUUACAUUUAUGGGUGUUGAGCAUCUGUUUCUGAUGAGCUGUGAUCAGCCAGUCAGUUUCAUCUUGUGCAUUUAACCCCUUGCAUUAAAUCUCAAAUGUCUCUUUGA